AUGAAUUUCCUCUCUACCAUCUCCACCCUCUUCUUCCCGACUUGUCUCAGAUCUGACACCCCAUCGCCCCCGCACCGUACCAACAUCCGGACAAUAGAGUGCAAUCAGUACGGGCGCCGGUUGUAUUUACGCCCAAUUAUGCCGCCGACGACGAGGAGGCAGAGUACGGUUAUGGUGAGGGAGGAAGGGGGUGAGCAAAUGGGUAGGGCUCAGGCCAAAGAAGAACGGAUGGAUACAGCGAAUGCGGAGAGAAGGGUGGAUAGUGCGGAGAGAAUGGAUAGUGCGGAGAGAAUGGAUAGUGCGCAUGUUGAAGAAGUGUUGGAGAGAAAACAGAGUCGGAUAACCUUCGACGUGCCCGUGAAGGAAUCAGCCGGUAAUGGAAACGAGGAUGUAGUGACGAUAUCAGCAAAACGCCGCACACUGAGUGUGGAAAUGCACGAGGCGAUCGAGGCGCUGCAUAGAGAGGAUGAAGAACAAGAACGAAACCUCGCAAAGACCCCUGCCUCGGAAACAGAAUCUGGAUCAGAAACAGGCGGAGAAGUAUCCGCGUCAGAAUCUGGCGAGUCGUCACCUGCGACGCCGACGAGUGUUGCCGCACCGAUUACGCCGUCUUCUUCUAAUCGUAGUGCUAUUAUCGGUGUUGGUCUGACUGAGCGUCCGGAUCUGCAGUAUCACACUCCAUCAGCAAGACCUGUACUAGCACAGGUCCCGCCUGCAGAGCCGUGGGUCAUGUACUACGACUGCGCGGGCGGUAAAGGGUGUGUCGACCCCGUGAGGAUCAAACAAGGCGAACCGAUCCGGUGCAAGGAAUGUGGAUUUCGAAGCGUGUACAAGAGGCGCACGAAUAGGAUGGUUCAGUUUGAAGCGCGCUGA